GCAGCGUCACGUAGACGUGUUACAUGUUACAUCACUCUGUUCCCGACAGUCUCGCGUAGCAGCUCUCAGCCGGCGAACACUUCCUAAACGGCCAAGAUGACUGCCAUGGAAUACGAAGACAAUGAAUCCAAGUUGAUCAGAAAAGCCAAAGAGAAUCCAUUCGUCCCUGCAGGGUUGGCUGGGUUCUUUGGCAUUGUGGCGUACAGACUGUUCAAACUGAAGAACAGAGGAGAUACGAAGAUGUCAGUCCACCUGAUUCACAUGCGUGUGGCUGCGCAGGGCUUUGUGGUGGGAGCCAUGACUUUAGGAGUGAUCUAUUCAAUGUACAGAGAGUACGUUCUCAAACCUCACGAAGCACAGAAGGCGUUAGAGCAGAAGGCAUUGGAACAAAAGUGAAGAGAAAUGUGUUAGAUUCCUGCGAUAUCCUUAAUACCAACGGUUUGUGUUUAUUGCUAACUUUUUAAAAAAUAAUUUCUUGAAACAGUUUCCUUUUUAAACUUUAAUAGACCUCAGAAAAGGAGGUUAGGUUGCCUGGCAUGUUUAAGAAACAUUGUACAGUAUGCGGCGGAAUUGUAGCUAUUUUGCUACCGCCAACUACUAUUUAU